AUGAUCAAUCAAACCACGAACUUAUUCAGCUAAUUAGCUAAUCAAUAUUUGAAAGGCGAAAUCGAACAAGAUGUGAUUACAGAUCCAGAGAUCCAAAAGGUUGUACAUGGUCUCCAAAAGAAAAGCGAGACAACCAAAAGCAAAACAUUAUCAGAACUCAAAAGUCUAUUACCAAAUAAAUCAUAUGAAUUCUUCGAUUAAUUUACACCUACAUUUGUAAAUAUAUAUAGAAGAUAUGUUGAUAAUGAGUAUGAAAGAAGAGUUUUAGAAUUGGCCAAUUAAGUUUUAUCCAUAAUUUGUGAAUAUGGAAAAAAGUCAUUAUCCAAGAAGUUCAAGACAUUGUUCCCAUAAUGGUUUAUUAUGAUCAAUGAUUACAAUUCAGAAGUACAAAUCUACUCCAAACAUUAAUUAGAUCUCAACAGCUGCUUUGAAUGCCUUUUAAAUUGCUUUCCCAACUAAAGAAAAAUAAACAUAAGCUAUCAAAAUGUGCAGUGAUCAAUACAUAGUCGACUUAAAGUUGUACCUAUCCCUUUCAAUUGCUACAAUCAAAUAAGAAUCCAAUUUAGAAGAUGAAAAGGUUGAUCAUAUCUAUGAGAGAUUGAAAGUAUCAGCAAUUAAUUCUAUUAAAACAGCUAUAUAAUGGAAUCCUGACAAUAACUUCAUAGAAUAAAUUAUGAAAUUGCUUGAUUUUACUAAUAAAACUACCAUAAUUGUAGAAUUACUCAAUACUUAAAAAACAAGAAUUGUCGCAACUAUCAUUGAAACAAUUCAUUUUCUAUUGUCUAAUGAGGUUUCAGCUCCUUUUGUCCUUCAUAAAAGUGAUCAAUUGCUCAAAAAAACAGUUUAACUUUUUGAAUAGAAAGAUCGAUUAAUUGUAAGUUCAUUAUGGAAAGGAUUUGUUACUAAAUUAUUCUAAAAAGUUUAAUAGGAUUAAAUCUUAAAACUCUCAGGUCUAGAAAAUAAAUCUUUGGAAUUAAUAUCCAAGGCUGGUUUUGGUGUUGGAAAAUUAUUGUAUGAUUAAUUGGUUGUAUUUGUAUCACUAAACCCAAUAUAUGGUGUGGUUGAUAUUAAAAAGGAAGAAGUUUACAGAUAAAAAUUGGCAUCAAUGACAAAGUUAUUAAAUGCUAUCUUGUCAGGUAUUACUCAUGAAGAAAGUAGAUUUUUUUCAGAAAAUUUAAUCAAUAGUUAUUUUGAAACACUCUACUUUUUAGUUUGUAAAAGAAUGAUUCCUCCUCUGAUGCAAUAUAAUUAAUGUUUUGGAUAAGUUAAAAAUAUCGUUGUCCAAUCAAUCAAAUCAGUCUUAUAAAGUACGCUAUCUCAACAAGGUGUUUAAGCUUAUAAUCAUAAUCCAUAUAAAUAAGUGCCUUUUAGUUUACUGUAGUUUUUGAAUAUAUUAAAAGUCAAAUAGGAAUAAUAAGAAUUCUUAAAUGAAAUUAUUAAGGCUAUUAUGGCUGAGUUCAAGACUCUUUAAUUAGAUGAUUAUCAAGUAUUUGUAAACAUAAUUUAAUAACUACUCAAAGUUAAGGAAGAGAGUCCUGCAUAUAAAACUGUUUAACAAUAUUUGAUCUUAGUAUUUGAUGAAAUCUAUAAUAAUAAUGAUUUCGAAAAAGGAUCUUUGCUCUUUGAAAUAAUUCCUAUUUCUAAGAAUUUUAAAAAAGAUAAUUUUGGUUAAAAGAUCCAAGAAUUAAUUAAUAAUUUAUUCAAUUCAAUUGAACUUGUUACUUCAGAAUAAUUAUUGAAAAAAUGCGCCUAAAUUAAAAUUUAUAUAUAUAAUUUAUAGAGAAUUAAUGAGCAGUUAAUAAUUGAAUCCGUAUUAGAGAAGAUUAUCAAUCAAGAAUAUAAAUAAGUAAUCCCAAAAGAAGAAUAGUAAAAUUUCAAGUUAAAAUGGAUUUGUUUACACAAUUUGGUUGAUGCAAGCCUUGAUCCAUAAUUUUAUUAAAAGUAUUUAACCAUGAAAGAUUCAUAGUAAGAGUACAAUCUCAUUGAGAAGUACGUUAAAAAUUCAUAAUUGUAAUAAAAAGAAACUUUUGUAACAAAAUUUUUAAGUCAAUCACUAAGUAUCACAAAUUUAAGUUAGAAAAUAUUUAUUCCUUGCAUUAUUAAAAACGCUAAUUAAUAAAUUUUAAACAUACUUAUUUAAAAGUAUUCAUAAAUAGGCUAGUAAGUUAUUAAGACUAUGGAUAAAAAUUACCUAUAGAUAUUUGAGGAAUUAUCAUACAUUAUGAAUAAAUUACAACCAUAGUAAUUAAUAUUUGACGUUCUACUCCAAUUAUAUUUGAAGAACUAAAGCCAAAAAGGUGCUUUCCUUUAUAAAUUAAUAAACAAAAAAUAUUAGGAUAUGUUUGUUCAGUUUUUCUAAACUAUUUUGCCAUCCAUAAAAACUGAAACUUUGCAAUAACAUCUUUAUUUCUUUUAAGAUCUCUUUGUAUAAUAACUAAGCAGCCAAGAUUUAUUAUAAUUUUUAAAUUUUAACUUUUAAAGUUCUAUAUCUUGGAAAAUCUUGUCUCUGAUUGAAAUUCCACAAGAUCACUUUAAAAAAAUGUAUUAAAAUAACUAAUUGGAUUUAUUAGCUUUGUUUUUAGCAUCUAAUUAUUCAUCUAUAAUGCUUUAUGAUCAUAAAUUGAAGAGAUUUAUAUAAAAUAUCCUUGGUAAUCAAAUAAUUCCCAUCUUUUUAGAUUCUUAUGAACAAUAAGAAUCAAAAAGCUUGGACCUUAUAAAGGUUCUGUUUAACAAUACUGACAUAAUUUAUGGAGUGGCACUAAAAAACCUAAUAAAGCAGAUAACAAUAGAGGAGAGGGAAAAUAAUUACAGAUCAAAAUAAACAGAUUUAUUAGCUUAAUUAAUUGUAGAAUAACUGAAAUUAGCUUUGGAAACUAAUAAUAUCAAUAAAUUGAUAACUAUAAGAUAAAUAAUAAAUUUAGUGGAUUUAAAGAAAUAAUUCGAAAAUGUUUUAAAGACUUAUCAUCAGAAUAAGCAAAUUUCAUACCUGGAUUUGUAUACUCUUAUGUUAAGAUAGUAGGCAAAUCUAUUAGAAUUAGAAGAUGAAGGAGAGUUAGAUUAAACAAUUUAAUAGUUAUUUGAUAUGAAUUUGGAAUCAAAUUAUGAUAAAAUGGUUGCUUUUGAUUUUAUAAAUUUAAUUUGCGAAAGAAAAACAAUCACACCUUUUGCUGCCUACAUUAAAUAGAUUAACAAUUUGUUUAGGUCAUUGUUUUCAUCGAAUGUUCAAUUGAAACGAUUCUACUCAUUCAGUAUUGUAUCAGCACUUUAAUUUGUGAGAAAAAUAUUGAACUUUAUUGAAGCAUUUCCAAUAGAAUUUAUAGAUUAUCUUAAUUUUGAAUUAACAGAUUCUUUAUUGUAAAUAAUUCAAUUUUGUGAAAAUCCAAAUCCAGAGUUUAUGGAUGAACAAAAUGAUACUCUCUUUAUAGAAUAUGCAGAAACUCUAUUGCGUUGUAUUCAGAUGGAAUAAUGGUAGAAGAUCGAUGAUACAAUAUAUUAUCAAUUAUUAUAAUGUCCAUUCAUUAGUAUCUAAAAGGCUGCAUUUAUUGCAUUAAAGAACAUAUAAGAUCAUAGUGGUUUGAAUGCACUUUUGGAUGGAUUUGACAUGAAAAAAGAAGAAAUGAGAAGAUUGAGACAAGAAGAUGAGGAGGAUGUGGAAGAUAUCAUAACAUUCCCUCUUGAUGGUAAAAUAUUAACCAAUUUACUUGCUUGGCUAGUUGUUUUAUAGAAUAAGAACUGUGCUCAAUUCAAAGAUAAGUAUCCUACUUAUUUAAGCAAUCUUUUAUAUAUAUUACAAUUCUUAAACGACAAUGGAGUCAUGGCAAGAUUUAAUUAUAAGGAAAUUUAUUAAUAGGAUUUAAACCUAAUGGUAAUCUAAGAUGAUCAAUCUGAAUUAUUAAAGAUGAUUGUCAUUUCAUUUUAUUAGUUUAUUGUUGCUUAAUAGAGUUAUUUUAAGUAAUGGUACAAUUAAGAAUGCAAUACUACUCAGAAAAAAUAAUUAGAAGAUUUACUAUAGAUUAUUAGUAAAGCAAUCUACACAAGGGAAAUAGAAUUGAUUGAAUUAAAUUAAGAAGAAUGGCGUAGUGAAGGUUUUGAUAUUUUCAUUUCUAAGAAUCAAUAAGAAAUAACUGCCACCUACUAAAAGGAAGAAUAGAAAAUAGAAAUCCUUAUUUAAGUUCCAGUUGGUUUUCCUUUGAAACCUUUAAAAGUAGAAACUAAGAAAGGAGUGAAGAUUAGUGAAGAUAAAUUAAAAAAGUGGAGUCUUAUGAUAAGAAUGAUUUUAUAAAAUGAAAAUGAUACUAUAUUAACUGCAUUGAAACUAUGGAAGAAAAAUAUUGAUUAAUAGUUCUAAGGUAUAAAUUUAAUUAAUUAUUCAUUUUAGAUCUAGAAGAAUGUGCUAUAUGCUAUUAUAUAAUCCAUUAGAAUGGAGAGUUUCCUAAGAUGGCUUGUAGAACAUGCAAACACAAAUUUCAUUCAACUUGUAUUUAGAAAUGGUUUCAUAGUAGCAACAAAAGCGAUUGCCCCUUAUGCAAGAGCUAAUUUUUAUGA